UAUAUAUUGAGGACAACCACUUUGCACUAACUUCACGUAUUCUCGUCAAUUCUCGUGUUCUGUAAUAAGAUCGAGUGAUCGAGUAGCAAGGUGCUGCGGAGAGCAAAAUGUUGUCACGAUUAGCUUUUCAAAAUGGUCGAGCACUUUCUGUGGCUGUUCGAGGAAUUCAAACUUCAGCACCAGCAUUAUGUGACAUACCACGUCAAAAACGUCCUAUAAAUCCAUCACCAGUUAAAUAUGGAUUUAUUCCAGAAGAAUGGUUCACAUUCUUCCACAGUAAAACUGGUAUAUCAGGUCCAUAUGUAUUCCUUGGUACUGUUGGAACAUAUUUGGUAUCCAAAGAAUUAUAUGUUCUGGAACACGAAUAUUACAAUUCACUUUCUCUAUUUAUGAUUCUUAUUUAUGGUAUUAAAAAAUAUGGCCCAAACGUAGCUGAAUUUCUUGAUAAAGAAUGUGAAGACUAUCUUAAUAUGUUUAAAAAAGGAAGGCAAGAUGAGAUUCAAAAUUUUCGUGAUCAAAUCAAAUUAUAUGAAGAAACGAAAUAUAGGUCAAAAGUAAUUCCUUUACUUAACGAUGUUAAAAGACAGAAUAUUGCAAUGCAAUUGGAAGCUGUUUAUAGGGAGCGAUUGAUGGAAUUUUACACAGAGGUUAAGAAACGCCUUGAUUAUCAUGCUCAGAUAGAUACUGUGGAACGCAGAAUUGCUCAGAAACAUAUGGUGCAGUGGAUUAUUAACAAUGUGAUGAAGUCUAUUACUCCAGAACAAGAAAAAGCUAAUUUACAGCAAUGUAUCAA